AUGGAGCUGCAAAUCCCUCCACCGGUAACCUCCGACUCACUCACAUUCAAGGUCCACCGACGGGGGCCGGAGUUAGUUUCUCCAGCGAAGCCAACACCGAGAGAGCUCAAACUCCUCUCCGACAUCGACGACCAAGAAGGACUAAGAUUCCACAUCCCCACUAUCUUUUUCUACAGACACAACCCUACUGCUUUCUCCGACCCGGUCGCAGUGAUUCGGAGAGCCCUGGCCGAGACGCUGGUUUACUACUACCCGUUGGCUGGUAGGCUCCGGGAAGGACCGAACCGUAAACUCGCCGUGGACUGUACCGGCGAAGGCAUCUUGUUCAUUGAGGCAGAUGCUGAGAUGACACUUGCUGAGUUUGAAGAUAAGGAUGCUCUACGCCCUCCAUUUCCUUGCUUCGAAGAGCUUCUUUUUAACGUAGAAGGUUCAAGUGAGGUGCUCAACGCACCUAUGAUUCUCAUCCAGGUCACGCGCUUAAAAUGCGGCGGUUUUGUUUGCGCCGUCCGUAUCAACCACGUAAUUUCCGACGCCGCCGGUCUCUCCCUCUUCCUGAAAACAGUUAGCGAGUUUGCAAGCGGAUCGCACGCGCCAACGGUUGCGCCGGUGUGGGAGCGUCACCUUCUGAGCGCCAGGGUCCCGGCGCAUGUGACGCAUGCUCACCGCGAGUACGACGAACAGUCGGCGGCCGAUGCGGAAUCCGCCAACGGAGACGGAGACAAUCUAGUCAGCCGGUCCUUCUUCUUCGGCGCCGCCGAGAUGUCCGCCAUACGGAGGCUCCUCCCACCGAACCUCUCCGACCGCAGCACAGAUGUGGAAACGCUGACGUCCUUCAUGUGGCGAUAUCGCACCGCCGCUCUAAGACCCGACCCGAGCAAGGAGAUGCGUCUCAUAUUCAUCGUCAACGCGCGUCCCAAGCUCAGAAACCCACCGCUACCACCGGGAUACUACGGAAACGCGUUCGCGUUCCCAGUCGCAAUCGCAACCGGUAGAGAACUAACGGAGAAGCCGUUAGAGUUCGCUCUGAGACUAGUGAAGGAGGUGAAAUCCAGCGUGACGGAGGAGUACAUGCGUUCGCUCGCGGAUCUGAUGGUGACAAAGGGAAGGCCAAGGUUCUCGACGGACGGAGCCUACUUGAUAUCGGACGUGAGGAACUUCGCAGACAUUAAUCUCGGAGUUUGGGGAAAACCGGUUUACGGAGGAAUCGGUACGGCCGGAGUCACGGAUUUUCCGGGGUCUAGCUUCUACGUUUCGUUUGAGAAGAGAAAAGGCGAGAGAGGGAUCGUUGUACCGGUUUGUUUGCCGGAGAAGGCGAUGCAGAGGUUCGUUGAAGAGCUCGACGGCGUGUUUAACGGUCAACUUGCAUCUAACGGAAGAAGCAAAAGCGCUGCUAAUAAAUGGAUCAUGUCUUCUCUAUAA